GACGGCGGACGGGCCAUGGCGGCGGUGCUGCUCGCGGUGCUGGGGCUGGCGCUGCUGCGCGUCGAAGGCGCCUCGGCGGCAGCUGGCUUUGUGAGGUGCCCGCUGUCCCAGGAGGGGCGGGUGGGGGGCAGCGUGGAGCUGCACUGCGAGGCUAUGGGCAGCCCGCUCCCCGAGAUCCAGUGGUGGUUUGAGGGGGACGGUCCCGGCGACACGAGCUCCCAGCUGUGGGACGGCGCCUGGCAGGACCGUGUCCACAUCCACACCGCCUACCGUGAGCGUGCAGCCAGCACCAUGUCCAUCGCUCGGCUCCACGCCCAGGAUGCCGGCACCUAUGAGUGCCGGGCCAGCAACGACCCCGACCGCAACCACCUCACGCGGCCGCCCCGGGUCAAGUGGGUCCGUGCCCAGGCGAGCCUGGUGGUCCUGGAACCGGGCACCGUCAGCACGGAAGUAACGAAGUCUGACUCCAAGGUGCUGCUCUCCUGCACCCUGAGUGGCGAUGCAGCAGGGGUGACCGGCCACCGCUGGCUCCGGGGGGACAAGGUGCUCCACGAGGACCAGGAGACGGGGCUGCAGAUGCGUUACGAGGCAUCCGGGGACGACAGGUUUGGCCAGUACUCCUGCGUCUUCCUCCCUGAGGACACGGGCAGAGCCGAGUUGUCCGUGCCCGGGCCCCCCAGAAUUAAGGCUGUGAAGAAGUCGGAGCACGCCAAUGAGGGGGAGACGGUCACGCUGGUGUGCAAGUCCGACUCCUACCCGCCCGUGACCAGCUGGCUCUGGUACAAGGUGGCCGACACUGGGCUCCAGGUCAUCGUGAAUGGCUCUGAGAGCAAGUUUGUCGUCAGCCACUCGGAGGCCAAGUCAGAGCUGCAGAUUAGGGACCUGGACCUGGAGCAGGACCCCGGGCAGUACGCUUGCAACGGCACCAGCGUGCAGGGCUCGGACGAGGUGGUGGUGACGCUGCGUGUGCGCAGCCGCCUGGCCGCCCUCUGGCCCUUCCUGGGCAUCGUGGCCGAGGUCCUGGUCCUGGUCACUGUCAUCUUCAUCUACGAGAAGCGGCGGAAGCCUGACGAGGUGCUGGACGAAGAUGACGCGGGUGCUGCUCCACUGAAGAGCAGCGGGCACCACGCCAACGACAAGGGCAAACAUGUCCGUCAGAGGAACGCCUCCUGAGCAGGUGCUGGGCAGGAGGGAGGG